ACUGAUACCGCGAGUGGUAUCGACCCGCAUCGAUGCUUGGAUUGACCUUCCCGCCCGUACCACCUGCGGUGAUGGCGAAAGUCGCGCACAGCUGAGUCGAGUCGUCGCCAUGCUCGCUGUCCUCGGCCUGCUGGCGUGCGUCCUCGGCGUGUUCGCUCUCCCCCGGGCGGAGGACCCGUCCGGCCAGGGGCGGCUCCUCCUCUCCGCUCUGGGUCUCUCCGAGCGGCCGCGGCCCGCCGACGUCCCCCGGGCCCGGCGCCACGUUCCCCCCGCGCUCUGGAAGAUGUUCCGGAGGUCGGGCCUGCAAGCCCAGGCCCAGGAGAGCGACCCGUGCACGGUGUCGGAGUACGGCGUCCGCGGCAACAUCAUCCGAUACGUGCAAGACCAAGGCAGGCUGGUGCCAAGUCAAGGGGGGUUGUGUGCGGCCUGCGUGGACCAGCAUCUCUUCUUCAACAUGUCUGUUCUGGAGUCGGCGGAGGUGUUGUCGCUGGCCCGGUUGCACGUGCACUUCGUGUGGAGGUCCGGCAGUCCUGCGGCGCUACUGCGAGCUCCUCCCACUGUCAGCGCGGUUAUAUACAAAGUGGUCCGGUCCACGCUGAAAGGAGCCGAUCCCCGCGCCAACCGUCGGCUGCUGCUGUCGCAGUCGGUCCAGCUGCGUCCGGAACCGGUCUCCGUCACCUUAGACGUAACCACAGUGGCCGAUUCUUGGCGCCGGCCAGCCCGCAACUACGGCCUGCAGCUGGAGCUGCGUCCUCUCGGGGCCAACUCACAGGAGCCUCAAUCCCCGCUGGAUUCGACCGCGCCUCUUGUCCAGGCCUCGCUGGUUGCGGUGUCGCUCAACCCGCACCAGUGCCGGUCCCGGCAGAGGAGGAGCGCCGCCCGCCCCCAGGUAUCGCCCAGCAACGUGUGCAAGGCACGCCGCCUCUACAUCGACUUCAAGGACGUGGGCUGGCAGGACUGGAUCAUCGCCCCUCAGGGCUACCUCGCCAACUACUGUCACGGGGAGUGCCCCUUCCCACUCAGCGAAAGCCUCAACGGAACCAACCACGCCAUCCUGCAGACCCUGGUCCACUCUCUGGACCCGCACGGAACGCCGCAGCCCUGCUGUGUCCCCAUCCGCUUCUCGCCGGUCUCCAUGCUGUACUACGACAACAACGACAACGUGGUGCUGCGUCACUACCAGGACAUGGUGGUGGAUGAGUGCGGCUGUAGGUGACCGCCGGCGCCCCAAACUUUUGUGUGUUGACCAUAAAUUGUGCAUCACAACUUCAAUAAAGCUUCUCUGAAUGAAA